GAUGUAACCCAUACUAUUAAAAAAAAAAAAAAAAUGACUGACACUAUCUUUAUCCAAGGGACAGUAAGGGUUAAAAAAGUAUGAUGUUAAAAAGUAGUUUUCCCCGGCAGACCUCAACCCACUAGGGGGUAAAUUGCAUAAUUUGCAGGAAGUCUCUUGCAUCUAAAACUGACCUUGAUUUUCUAUUAAUGAGGUCGUGCAAUAUGCGUUUUACCCAAUUAUUAAUGCUGGAUCACAUUCCCCAACAAUGCAGGAAUUGGUGCGAGUGUGGCAGAACUUUUCUAGCUUUAUCUUUGCAGGGAUUUCCCAUAAAUUUCUCCCCUUCUAGCUUCUUGCUCCUAACACAAGCGUCCCUCAACUCCUGGCCACCAGCCCCGUGGGGGAGAGGACCACGAACCGAGGGUGGGGGAGAAUCAAACUUUUUCCGAAGCUACUGUCCCCUGACUCCUUGGGAGGGCCCUCUAAAUUUUGCAAAUACAUCGGAGGGGGUGGCAGAUAAAGCCCUCCGCGGUCCUGAUGCUGAAUGUGUUCCUGGAUGCAGCCGCAGCCCAGCCCGCCUCCCCCCGUUCCAGCGGAGCUACAGCGCAGCCCGGAAAAAAGCAAGCGAGCAGCGUCCCAGGCUCCCACGCCCUCCUCUGCUCAGCAGGCGCGCGCUCUUUCCCCAGCCAGGUUCCCGGGCUGAGGCUCGCGCCGGCAGGUUGUUGCUACCCAGGUUUCGGGGCUCCCGACUCGGCCCACUUCUCCCUCAGUGUGUUCCAGCCCGGACCCCGGAGCGCGCCGUGCGGCAUAACUUACACUGGACUGAGCCGGGAAAGCCCUCGCCCCCGCUGCUCGCGUUCAUGGCCUGGGGUUGGAGUCUCGCUGGGGCUGCAAAGGCCGGGAGGACGGAUGUAAAGAAAGCCACACUUCCGCUGCCUAGAGGGCGCUUUAAGGCGGCAUCCACCUGCUUCUACUUCUGCACGGUCCCUUCUAUGCACAGGCAGCUGCAAACCACUGAGGAGCCGUCCGUUGGCCCUGCUUUGCUGGGGCUGUUGCUGCUGCUCCCGGUUAAGAGGACUGUGGCCCCAGAAGUCGCCCGAGACAGGCAGCUCGCUUCUAGGCACGUUGCUCCUAGGACUCGCCCCUCCCCCCUUUCUUUGCAGCUGUUAGUAGCGGGCAGCAGUGACUUUUUCCUAGUGUGUAUUGCGCGUGCGCGCUCUUUGCCCUUCAAGGAAAAGAGAACGGACCUCUUCCCCCUGCUGGUCAAUUGCGGAAGGCUUAGGCGGGCCGGCUGUUAGGAGAGCAGGAGUUAGUAUUGGGAACGUAGGAGCUGCCUUUAUUUAAACCGUGUUUUUAUGUAGGGGAAAAUUUCAGAUUCCUGGAAGCAUUUUAAGUUAGAGCUGUAAAGACCCAGAAACAGGAGGUUAUUUUUUGUUGUUGUCCAAUAUGAUAAAUUUAUUAAUUUAUAAAUACACUUUGCUUUUAAGAAUCCUGUUAGGAGAGAAAAAUCAGAGCAAAAGAGAAAAAACCAUGGGAGAGAAAAGAAAAACAACAACAAAAAAUGAACAUAGAAUUGUUGAUUUAUCUUCAA